UACAAUUAACCCCCUGUCCUUGCAGCCUUUGUGCACACACUGAUCUUCCAGGUCCUUUUGUGUCCCCUGUCCCCUUCCCUCCCCCUCAGAUGAUUGCAGCUAUUUAGGGCUGCGGCAGUUUUAGUUUAGCUCCGGAUCGGAAGCGUCGCAAAAUAAGGUCGACGGGCAUGCCGCGCGAUCGCUAGGAGUUGCCGGCCACCCGCUUCCGGGGCAAUGGGCAACACGAGCAUCACCGAGGGCAAGACCGCCCUGGCUGUGGGAAGCACAUCCAUUGCCAGGGGGAAGACCACCGUCGCCAUGGGGAACUCCUCCAUCUUCCGCGGAGUGACCACCACCUCCAUGGGAGACUCCACGAUCCAGAGGCAGAAGACCACCGUGGCUCUAGGACGGGCCAGCUUCAGCCGAGGGACCACCACCACCUCAUUCCGCAAAGCGCUCAUGCCCAAGCGCAGGAAUACCUAGAU